CAGUAAUGAAGCAAUUUUAAAACUUGUGACUGUCCUAGUGUCCAUGUCUCGUUAAAAUAUUUCUUUUUUGCUUAUAUAUUUACACAUCUUCUUCAUUAUGUUAUUUCUCAAGUGAUUUGUAUCUUUCUAGCUCCAAUGGCUUGGCGAUUAAAUCUCUUAUCUUUGUUCCUCCUUCUCUCGGCUGCUCUCUCAUCUUACCUCGUGAUCUCAACUUCUUCUCUCGUUGAAGGAAAAGUCUCUUGUUUCGACUGUCCCAAUGAUUAUGAUUAUUCAGGAAUCACGGUCGGUGUUAGUUGUAGCGACAGCAAAACUCGUUUUACAGUCACAACUGACAAGAAAGGGGAGUUCAUGUCCGAACUUCCCUCGAGUGUUAAAUCAAACUGUGAAGCCGAACUCAAAGGCAGCUUCAAGCAACUCUAUGCUUCCAAAAAUAAUGUUAAGUCUAAGAUUGUUAACCUUGGUGGUGACAAAUAUGGUCUCUCUUCAAAGUUGAUCUUCUUGAAGUCAUGUCCAAGAAGCCUCGGACCUUUUAGUUCAUCCAAGACCGUAGAUUUCCCUGUUCCUCCUGAGUGGGGGCUGGCUCCUACUAGUUACUAUGUUCCUUUCAUCCCCAUCAUCGGUAUCCCAUAAGACGAUCCGUUUUUAAUAUUUGUAUUGCGUCGUCUAUGUAUUAUAUAUAUAUUGUAUAAUAUAUGUUUAGAGACAUGUAACUAUAUAAGCUGUUCUUUUCAAGUCCAUGCUUGAACUGAUGUUUAUGUGUUAUGUUAGUGUCUUAAGAUGGUUUAUGUUGUCCUUUUAUGAAGCAUAAUUAAUAUGAAA